GGAAGGCAUUAUCACAAAAGCAGAAGCAUUAGUUGAAAUUGAUUAUUAUAUACCCCUUGCACUAUUUUCACGUUACCACAAUCACCAAGUUUAAGCAUCACAUAAAUUGAGACAUAACGAUUAAAAAUGAUCAGAGCUCUAAAAUAGAAAAGAAUGGGGAAAAACGUAAAAUGCCCUUGUAUUUGACCCGAUUGUCAAGUCAGCCCAUUUAUGCAUCGAAUAAUAAAACCCGCAAAAGCCCUAGAGCUCCAAAACCCUAACCCCUUACGAAAUCUGAACUCUGUUGUCUCCAGUCGCACUUCCCUUUCUCUCUCGAAAAGCUUCAAUGGCGUACUCGGUGAUAUCAGUUGAGAAGGUCAAAGAAUUCUGGCACGCUCAGGUUCAUGACGAAGAUAAAUGGAAUCUCAACAAGAAACUGCUUCGAGCUACUGCUCUUUUUGCUGGUUCCAUCAUUUUGAUGCGCCAGUAUGGUGAUCUCAUGGCUAUCUGAAGGACGACUGAUAUUCAUUCUCAGCUUGAGUUACAGUUGGAUAAAGACCUAAUCUCUGCCUUCCCCUCUCCCCUCCCCCUUUCUGAAUGAAGAAGGAAAUUUUAUGAACUAGAAUUGUUUUAUUAUUGUUGAUAUAGCUUCAUCUUCAAUUGUCUAGGACAGCUUUAUUAAGUUGUGUUUGAUGCCUCCUAGUAGUUGAAAUUUCUUAAUACUCUAUAUGUUUGUGACAUGGAAGGGAAAGAGCAGAAGGAAAAAUACAAAGGACCAAUAAAUUGAACCUA